AAGCCCUCGGUCUGCGGCGGCUUCCGUCACGUUGUGUCGCUGGUUCCCGCGCGGUGCCUUGUGGGCGCUUGGCGGAAUUAUGGUGGUGGCGUAGGGCCUGGUUGCGCAGGGCGGGGGGAGGCCGCGGACACUUAAAAUGACAACAGCAGCAAGACCAACAUUUGAACCUGCGAGAGGAGGAAGAGGAAAAGGUGAAGGAGACUUAAGUCAGCUAUCCAAACAAUAUUCCAGCAGAGACCUUCCUUCUCAUACUAAAAUCAAAUACAGACAGACCACUCAGGAUGCUCCUGAAGAGGUGCGUAACCGUGAUUUCAGAAGGGAGCUAGAGGAGAGAGAACGGGUUGCUGCAAGAGAAAAGAAUAGAGACAGACCAACCAGAGAACACACAACUUCAUCUUCUGUGUCUAAGAAGCCUCGGCUAGACCAGAUUCCUGCAGCAAAUCUUGAUGCAGACGAUCCUCUUACUGAUGAAGAUGAUGAAGAUGAGGACUUGGAAGACAGUGAUGAUGAUGACACUGCAGCUCUUCUGGCUGAACUGGAAAAAAUCAAGAAAGAACGAGCUGAGGAGCAGGCUCGAAAGGAACAAGAGCAAAAGGCUGAAGAAGAAAGAAUUCGGAUGGAGAACAUUCUGAGUGGUAACCCACUGCUGAACCUUACUGGCCCAGCACAGCCUCAAGCAAACUUCAAAGUGAAGAGGAGAUGGGAUGAUGAUGUUGUCUUCAAGAAUUGCGCCAAGGGGAUAGACGAAACAAAAAAGGACAAAAGAUUCGUGAAUGAUACUCUGCGAUCAGAAUUUCACAAAAAGUUCAUGGAAAAAUAUAUAAAGUAAUACAGUUUUAUGUGCAGUGGUGCUGAAGGACUUGGAAGGUCAUGGUUGUUCCCUCCCUUUCCCGCAGAAUUCAAGGCUGAAUAUUUGGUCAUGAAUUCCCAAAUGCUUUUCCAAGAUCAUCAACCACUUCAUAAUUAAUAAUUGCUAUGUAUCUGGAGUUUUUAUUCCUGCAAUAUGUUUUCCUUUUCAGUUUUAAUUAAAUCAAUUUGUGUUUCAUGAAUGUUUUUCUGUUCACGUGCAUUUACUUUUACUGGCCUCCUUGUAAAUGGUAGAAGAGAGAAGCUGGUUUGCAAUAAAUGCUUCUAAUUGUUUAAA